GGAAUAUAAUAUUUUAUUGAAAAACAACAGCUUUCACCGCAGCGUGUUCGCGGCAAUUCACCAUUUAACUGCGUACGUACUGCUACUGCUAGAAAAAUAUAGGAAAAUUCGUCUCCGAUACACUAAGAAAAAUCAGUGUAAAGCCAAGAAACAACAUUAUUUGCGCGACUAGCGACUAAAAGGCAGCAAAAUGUUCCUUGAUAUUGAAAUAAAUAUUUUUUUGUGAAUAUGAAUUAAUGGAAAUAAAUUCAUUACAUACGUAAUCGAGGACUGGUGUUCGUUUUCAUAGAAACGCAGAUUAAUUCAAUUCUGACUUUUAAAUGAAUUAGUUUAGUUGAGAAAAAAAUUUAAAAAAUAACAGUGUAGCAGUAUCGUUUCUCUGGUUGUUAAAAAUCAUCAAUAAUGAGUGAUACUAAUAACUGUUGGUUGUAAUAAGUAUAAAAAGGUGUUUCGUUACUUUUUAAGACCGCUGACGAAGAAGAAAAUUAAUAAACAGGAGCGAAAAGGUACGUGUGAAGUUUGGCGUUCAAUUGAAGCAUCUAGACAUAAAGUCUGUAUAUCAGCAGACAAUAAAUUAUAACCUUAAUCAAUUGAACAAUUGUAUCACGUGAACAUAGAUGUUAACUGCCUCUCUCAUUUUCACUAAUUUAAGUAGCACGUUUAGAUUUAAAUUUUAAAAGGAAACGUUGUUUUAUUUCUAUUUUACAUACACUCCUUUGAGAAAGAGACACCAGGGUUAUUAAAUUUAAAGAAUUCCAUUUACAAUUUGAGUUUUAUGCCCAUUUCGUAAUUGCAUUUUUUUUAGUUAAUUACGAUUUUAAUGCUAUUUAAAUAUCGAUAUAUUGCUUCAUGCAGACUGACUUGCUGGAAUUCAGUCAAAUCACUCUCCGGCGAAACGCCUGGUGGAUAAAAUGUGAACCUCAAAGAUAGAGAAAUUUAUUAAUAAUUAUUUCAACUGACAUGCUAUCUGGUCGCUUGCAAACAGACUCGCAUGUGAUUUUAACAUUGAAAGAUUCAACAUUAAACAUUCAAUGUUUAGCUGUGUUCGACACAUUGUUACGUAAUUACUGAAAUUCAUUUAUUUGUUCACAAUAUUUGUGAAAUAUCUUUUAUAACUAAAAUGGAAGCAAUAGUUGAGCAAAACCUGAAUGACAGUGACAUUAUUCCGGACCCGUGCGCGAUCACAUAUUCCAUUGUGAAUAUUUUCUGGAUGGUGCUGUAUACACUGCUGUUUCUUGUAGCUGUCGGCGGCAACUUAUUAGUAUGUUGUGUUGUGUUGGGACAGGAACGAAUGAGAACUGUAACAAAUUUCUUUCUUCUCAACCUAGCAAUUGGUGACAUGGCAAAGGGCCUCAUAUGUAUUCCGUUUACAUAUGUAGUGAAUAUUUUAGUGCCAUAUUGGCCAUUUGCGGACUUUAUGUGUCCCUUUCUGCUGUACACGCAAGCUGUGUUUGUGUUUUUGAGUGCCUUUACUCUAGUCGCCAUGAGCAUUGACCGUUAUGUUGCCAUUAUCUAUCCUCUUCGGCCAAAGCUUACGUCGAAAAAGGUUUUCUUCACAAUAUUUGUGGUCUGGAUUUUAGCGCUUCUUGUUCCUCUACCAACUGUUGUGAAAUCACGCGUACAUAAUCCUUACCAUGUGAAUGAUACAGAUGAAUGCCACAAAGGGAUGUGCAGCGAAGUGUUUGACAAUAUAAAUUUACAGUACAUUUAUUCAAUGGCGAUUAUGUGUAUCCAGUAUUUUGUACCUUUGGCUGUCAUUAUGUUUACGUAUUCGAGGAUCGGUUACAUCAUCUGGAUCAAACGAACCCCGGGGGAGGCUGAAAGGCGCAGAGAUGAACGGAUAGCUUCAUCUAAAAGAAAGAUGGUUAAAAUGAUGAUAGUGAUGGUGAUUACUUACGCCGUUUGCUGGCUGCCCCUCCACGCCAUGCAGCUGAUUCAAGAAGCACACGAGUCUGUCUUCGAUUAUGAACAUUAUCAGUAUAUUUGGACAAGCGCCCAUUGGCUUGCCAUGUCUUACGCUUGCUACAAUCCUAUCGUUUACUUUUGGAUGAACAAAAGAUUCCGCUCUGGAUUCAAAAGUUUAUUUUUCUGCUGCAGCCGUUGUAAAAAGCGUUGCGGCAAUGGGGUAAUUAACGGGAGGCGGCUACGAUUGCCCCAGCGUAAUAACAGCGGGUCAAGCAGUAGGUUUAGUCCAAGGGACAGCAUCGACGAGACAAGAAUUGUGAAAAUGUCAUUUCUUAACAAAGACGACGGUGACUAUAAUGAUUUAUAGUUUACUGUGUUAGAGCAAUAAUACAAGUACAAACAAGAUGUAUCAUACAUAGUGGAGAUAAUAGAUUAUUAUGAGAUAUUCUGGUUUAUAAGAGCUUCGGUCAUAAAACUGACAUGCAAGAAAUGAAGGAAUUUAUGACCCUUAGUUAUGACAUGAUCCAAUUUUUGGAAAACAACAAAGAUAUUAUAUAACUUGAUAGACAAGUUAAGAAUGAUGUUACACAUUUAUCGACAUAUGACGAGCAGAUAAUGAUGUGCUUCCAAGUAAUGAAAUGCUCUUGCAGCACUGGAAAUGAUGCAGUUUCCGAAUCCAAAAUUAGAAUUCGGGCAGAUGCUUUUCCAGUCGAUGGCAAUGCUUCUAUAUUUCAGUUUUAUAUUUCCUGUCCCAAAAGGUCAGUUGUGAUCAUCCAUAAAACACACAUCGUUUUAGCACAAGAACCAAUAGUAUACCUGCAAUGCAUUUUAGGUGGUAAAAAAUGACUUCUUUUGAAAUGUUUAUUCCGUAUUUUUACAUAUAUACAUGUAUAUAGGCCCCUGACAGCAUUGAUUUAGAUGGUAUCAUCUUUUUCGUUCAUUUUCCUGUUGUUCUUGUCAUAAAACAAUAAAAGACAAACGACCGAACGAUUGUAAUACAUUUCGAUACUACUAAAGCGUUUACAUGAAGGUUAAAAGUCUAAAGCCGUUGUAAAUGAAAAAGAAAUCUCUACGCAUAAAAUGCGCUGAAAUUAUUAAUUUGUAGCUAGAAGCUCCGUUCUACUUCAGGGUUCUUUCUGUACUUUCUAAUCAUGCUCUAAAACCUGUGACCUCCACUACAAAUACAAAAUCAAUCUAAGGAAAUGUGUCAUUUUUCUCGUUAGAACCAGUUUGUAAACACACAAUACUCAACAAUGUCCUGUAGACAUAGUGUGAUUAAUUCAGUCAUUCAGUAUUGCAAAAAUGUCCAUACAAAUUGUGCGAGAGAACACGUGGUGCUAUUUGCGUGCAAGUAUAUUGAUUUCAUUUUAUGAAAGUGUGACAGCACUUUAGUUUUGUCCAGCUAAAAAUUAACCAGAAUGUAUAUGUUCUGUGCUUUCACAAAUUAAAUACAAAAAAAAAUGUUAUUAAAGAAGUAUUACAUCAGUGGCUUCUUUACGUUAGCUAAUAUUGUAGCUGUUUUGUUGCUGAAAAAUUCUAUAAGCUUCUUUUUACUCUGAAAAUAUCAGAAAAUACCUACUGUAUUCUGAAUGAGCUGCAAAUUAUUAAAUUAUAUGAAACAACAGUUUUUUAUUUACCUUUUAACCGACUCAGUCUAUAUUAUAUUUUCUAAAUAUCCAGUAAACUAAGGAAACCGGAAACUUAUAAAAUUAGUAAAAAAGUAACCAUUGAUACGACGGUUAUAUCGUCUAUUUAAAUGCAUCAAACUCUUGAAAUUUUACUUCAAACAAACAAAUAUCUAUCUCUUGAAAGUUACAAACCAGGCACCAACGUUCUAGUGUAAAGUAAGUUCGUAUAUACUGGGAAGACAUUCGUAUAUUUCCGUAUACUCAAAUGCCGAAGCAAAGAGGGCAGUCAGUCCUAAGGUAGUAAAGUUACAAGACAUGAUAUCAUAUUAAUGUUAAGCAGGUAAUCUAUAGCAAACCUAUGUUUUCCAAAACAAUCCAAAAAUUUAAAAGUUUUACUUUAUGUGUACCAUUCCAAAACUUGAAUCCAUUAGAAUGUAAAGAACGGUGUUUUACCGAUAAGAUCAAAUAUAGGAGACGCUAGUACACUUAAUACCAUUUGCUUAAGAUAUAUGACGCAUAUACUAGAUAUUGACAGUUUUUUUCUCUUUUCUUGUACACAAUGUUUUUGCAGUCGCCUUUGAAAGUGAUCAGUAGUCUAUGUUUUUGCACGUGUUGCCGCUAAUCUGUCCAUUUAACCGUUUGCAUCAAUUGACUGUGUAUUGUGUUGUUGAUUAUAUUUUGCUUAGAAAAAAAUGUUGAAGCUGUUCAGGUAUAUUUGCUACAUUCUGGAAGUGAACAAUGAUUGAAUGUAAAUAUCACGGAUUGUCAUUCUUAUUCCUUGUGUACGAGAAAUGUCUAAUAAAACAGUAGAUGUUCAAUUUGAUUAGAUAUAAAUGUAUAUGUAAAAUGGUUAAAAUGUUUUCAGAUGUGUUCAGCCUUGUAUUAUUAUGGUCCAGUAA